ACGACGACCUCACAGCCCCACUCUGAGGAUGACUAUGAAGAAUUGGUUUGUGGCAUACCGGCAGUAGGCGGGCGAACCUCUGAUCCUCCCAUCUCGACUGUCACAUCCACAGCCACCAAAAAUGCCAGUGGACUGGGACCAAGCUUCCUAUCUUUGUUGGGAAAACGAGUUGAAAUUUUGGCCCCGUCAGCGGACAGGGCUGCCCAUCUUCUGGACGUGGCGCUCAGUCAGCGGGCAUCGAUCCAGGCGGUGCGUCAGGAGGACCGUCUGGCUGUGGGUCUUGCGCAUAUGCUGGUCACGUUGAGUGUCUACAGGUACCACAACGAACAGGACAAGGAGAAUGGAGGUCAGUAUGCGAAUUAG